AUGCUGAAGUGGGCGGUCACGCCGCGUUUUAACAGUGAUUAUUUUGAAAACGAAGGUAUUAAUAAUAAUCAUGGUUGCGAACUGCUUACAUUACAAGCAAUUAUUGACCAACACCGUCUUCCAUGUCUUGUUCGACUUAUUAGUGAUGAUAUCAAUGAAUCAACUGAUAAUUAUUGUUUAUUACUUUGUCAAACAAAUGAUCCAUAUUUACUUGUUUCAAAUGAAACUGAACGUUUUUCUAUUCCAAUGUCAUUUGAUGGCCUUUUUGCUCCAGUCGAAAAAGGUGUUACUCGAUAUAAUAUUCUUGAAUCAGUACGCGCUUUACGAUCUCAUCUAAAAUCUCAUCCGUCUUCGUCGUCAGGAUUUUCAUAUUUUACUGUUUUACAACCAUGUAUGGCAUAUAGUAAUUCAGCUUUGCGUCGUAUUCGUCCUGGUACUAUUCUUGAACCGUGUCAUACAUCAAUAAUAUCAUCUAGAUCUCCAUCGCCAUCAGUUUCAUCAUCAUCAACCUCAUCAUCAAAUCGUUUACGUACACUUUUUGCUAAUCUUCCACAUACAAUUAAUAAACAUCUUUUACCACAACAUCAACAAUCACGUGCAUUUAAAAACCAAAUACCACCAAGUGAUUACCUCAAAGUUAAAUCAAUUCAACAUGAUGAAAGUUUUUGUUUGAAAUCUGAUUCAAUUGGUGUAUUUGUUCCUGUACAUACAGAAUUACCAUCAAAUAAUUCUCAUCGUCGAGCCUCUCUUUUAUCUCAUUCAUCUCCAUUUUCAUCAUCAUCAUCUUCAAAUCAAAUUCAAGGUUUAUAUUCAGUUGAACUAUUAAGUAAAUUGACUCAUCAAUAUCCACUUAUAACAGAACUUGUUAUAAGUCGAACAUUAGAAGAAAAUGUACCAACAACUGUUGGAUAUCCAUUUCGUCGAUUAACAUUACAUCGCCUUUUUGAAAAACAUACACGUAUUGUUGCAUUUGAUAUGAAAAAUUAUGCUUUUCUUGAACUUGAUGCAAUCCAUCCAAUGGAUCUUUAUGUAUUUGAACCUGAAGAUGCACUUUUUCAACGUUAUCAAGCACAAUUACGUUGGUGUGAGUCACACAUAUCUUCAUUUCGUUCACAAAUAAAAACAAUUGUACAUUCAUCACAUGGUACACCAACAUUUGUUCAAGCCACACCUCUUCAUGGUCAACAACUUCAACAAUAUCAUCAACGUCGUGAUUCAUCAUCAUCAAUUGUUUCACCACUUACUAAACAUAUGCCACAAACAAUAUUUACAUCACAAGAAUCGAUUUCAUCAAUUCGUUCACGUACUCGUACUCCAUCAUCAUCAAAAUUUAAUACAACAUCAAUUCCCUCGAAACAAGAACAACAACAACAACAAAAAGGUAAAACAACUGGAUCUGGUGGAACAGCAAGAAAAGAUGUAAGAGUUUAUUUUAAUGAUCCAACUAUUCAAAAACGUCUACAAGUUACAUCAUUAACAUCAACAACACGACCAAUGAUUAAACAAACAUCGUUUAAUACAAAGCAUUCUAACUAUCGAACAAAUAGUACUGAAAGUGAUAGUGUUGAUGGUGAUGAAGACAAUGAAGAUUCAUAUCAAUGUACACCAUUAUAA